CGAGUCCGGCCGAGCGGCCAUUUUGAUAGAAGUUUGAGGUUAGAAAAAUAGACCGAGGUAUUUGUUUUAGUUUCGGGUAAAAUACAUCCGCUGUUAGAAAUCAGAUUCUACAGCGCAGAUUCUUUGUUUAACGAACUUCGUUUUUUUUGGCUGCAAUAAUUUUAAAAAUAAGAAACCAGUGGAGGAAACGGAAAGCGCGUCCGUCCUACCAUUCAUUGCGCGAGGCCCUGUUUCUUCCUUCAUGGACGAUAAUUUAGCAGCAGCGGUGUUUUAUUUUAAUGGAGUUGAGCUUUAAUUGGCUUAUUUGAUAUUUGUGAUAAUUCGGUAGGUAGCGCAUACUACUACUGCCACUGCGUUGUGCGUUAUUUAUUGAUAUUUGUGUUCCAAUUGGCACGGUGUUUACGACGUCUUGCCGUAAAGCUAGCUCGGCUAGCUAACUAAAUUAUUUACCGUGGUGGCUAACGCGUUAGCUAGCACAAAGAGCCCGCCUAUUAUCACGUUAUAACGUCUAGUAGGCCCACUAGCUAGCAAAACCACCGUGAUUUAUUUUUGCAUUAAGUCAUGGAGACGUGUUAUAUUCGUGUGGCUGAGGAUGAAAACGAGGAGCCGAUGGAAAUCCCUUCCGAGGAGGACGGGACGGUGCUGCUGUCCAGCGUGGCGGCGCAGUUUCCAGGCGCCUGCGGCCUGCGUUACCGGAGCCCGGUGUCUCAGUGCAUGCGGGGAGUGCGCUUAGUGGAGGGCGUCCUGCAUGCACCGGAGGCCGACUGGGGCAAUCUGGUAUACGUAGUCAACUACCCAAAAGACAAUAAAAGAAAGAUGGAUGAAAUGGAUGCUGCGUCUGCUGUGAAAAUUAAAAGAGGCAUUCAGAAGACUUCAGACUUGAUUGUUCUUGGCUUACCAUGGAAAACAUCCGAGCAAGAUCUGAAAGACUAUUUUGCCACGUUUGGAGAGGUGAUAAUGGUACAGGUUAAGAGAGAUGCAAAAACAGGAAAUUCUAAAGGAUUUGGCUUUGUAAGGUUUACAGACUAUGAGACACAGAUUAAAGUGAUGUCCCAGCGGCAUAUGAUUGAUGGGAGAUGGUGUGACUGCAAGCUCCCCAACUCAAAGUACUUCAUGGAACAGGCUGGGUUAGACGAGCCUAUGCGGAGUAGGAAAGUGUUCGUGGGCCGUUGUACUGAGGACAUGACUGCUGAUGACCUCAGGCAGUUCUUUCUGCAGUACGGUGAAGUCACAGAUGUCUUCAUCCCGAAGCCUUUCCGAGCAUUCGCCUUCGUCACCUUUGCUGAUGACCAGGUUGCCCAGUCUCUGUGUGGAGAGGACUUGAUCAUCAAAGGCACCAGCGUACACAUCUCUAACGCAGAGCCUAAGCACAAUAAUAGUAGGCACAUGUUGGAUCGUGCUCGUUUUGGGGGGUUUGGGCAGGGCUAUGGUGGUAGUCGCAGUCAUAGCAGCAAUGUGAAUUUUGGGGCUCUUAGCUUAAACCCAGCCAUGAUGGCAGCAGCUCAGGCAGCCCUCCAGAGCAGCUGGGGAAUGAUGGGUAUGUUGGCCAAUCAGAGUCAGACAGCUGCCUCUGGCACCACUGCAGCCGGCCAAGCAGCAGGUAGCAGAGAUCAGGGCCAGGGCUAUAGCGCAGCCGGCAGCAAUUAUAACGCCACCAGCUCGGCUAGUCUCGGGUGGGGUGCCAAUAACCCGGCCUCCAGCGGUGGCUUUAGCUCUGGCUUUGGCUCCAGUAUGGAGACCAAAUCUAGUUGGGGAAUGUAGUUAUUGUAUUUUUAUUUUUUUCCUCUUUUUUUUUUGGGCUUGCAGUGUUUAUUUCUUAAUUGGGUAAGUACAGUACUUUUGAGAUGAGAGUUUGCAGGCAGAUCUUAUUUUUGUUGAUUGCUUCUGAGUUGUUUUAAAAGAUGUUCUACAUGGGGGGGGGGACUCCUUUAUAAAAUUGAUUGGGUUAAAUCGUAAGUGGCAUGAACACUACAUAAACAAAUUAAAUUUUCUUUCAUUUUGGUUAAAACCUGAUUCUAUUGCAUUUCAGUGUUUAUGAACUGUAUUUAGAGAUGCUUUGUUGUGAAUCUCAUUUAAGUUGUAUUGUGUGGAGUUGUUUGCAUUUUUUUGUUUAGAGUUUAUGGUCAAGCCUUCGUAAAUCUCUUCUACAGUUCACCACCUCUUUUCCCAUUUCCCUGGAAGAAGCGCUUCGUUGGCCGCAAUGUUCGAGCGAUCUCAGUAUCAGUACCCUUCUUCCCAUGUGU